UUUCUCUAUGACUAGUAGUAUUUUGUGGUUUGAUUCUCACCGAAAGCUGAAAACACGUGUAUUUGUGAUAGUGAGCGGUUAAAAUUUUUUAAAAUGGGUAAAACAACUAAAGCUAAUAAUGGAUUUAUUUCUUUGGACCCUAAAGAUGAUAAGAACACAAAGAAAACCCGCAGUGUUAUCACUAAAAUCAAGAAGAACGACAUCAAGAAAACGAUAAGGAGAAGGAAUACCGAAUCUCUGGCAUUAUCUAGGGGUCUCUUGUAUAUUGGUCAUAUACCCCAUGGUUUUUAUGAAGAGGAAAUGAAAGAGUAUUUUUCGCAGUUCGGUCGUGUUACCAAUGUCAAAGUUUGCAGAUCAAGAAUAUCAGGAAAAAGCAAAGGAUAUGGUUUUGUCGAAUUUCUUACACCAGAAGUUGCUAAAAUUGCGUCAGAGACUAUGAAUAACUAUCUUAUGUUCAAAAAACGUGUAGUAGCCUUGUUCAUACCUUAUGAGAAAAGACCCCCUUUUCUUUUCAACUCAUUCAUCCCCAAAAAGUUGCUUCCUGGCAAACUCAGACAAGAAAGGCAUGUUUUAUCGAAAAAUAAGAGAUUGGAUGAUAGGGCAGUUGUGAGGAAGAAAACCUUAACCACUAUCAGAUUGAAAAAUAAAUUAGAGAACCUUAAGAAAAGAGGGAUUGAAUGUGACAUUACACCCUUGGAAUAACUAUUUAUUUUUAUGAUUGUGUAUAUAUUGUGUAAUUAAAUAUUUUAUACUUAAUUAAAAAAAUAAUUUUUGUUCAAAUGUGUGGAGGUUCAUAUUUUUUUAUCUAAAGGGCACCAGAUAUUUCACACCAAAGUACAUAGUUAAGAAGUUUUGUAAAAUCCAUUUAAGUUCCAAUUUUCUAUUAUUAUAUACAUUAUUUGAUGUAAGAAUUAAUGAAAAAGUAGAAUAAAUGCGAAAAAUGGAAGUUAA